CCCCCCAAAAGCCAGAAGAGGAAGAAGCACAGGAAGCAAAGGAUGUUGCCAAGACCAAGAGAAGGUCUCAGAGGAAGCAUCCCAACUUAGGGGAACAUCAGAGGUCUGGAAUCCCCCAGAGACACAAGCCCACUUGAGCAGGUGUUGGAGCCCUUUUUCCAAGCACAGCACAGCCCAAGCCACCUCCCAGGGGAGGUACUGGGCCUCCUACACAAUUUACUAUGGCCUGUAUAAACUGGCACACGGUCAUCUCUGUAGUCAUUGUCCUGACUGUCAAAGCUGUUGGUACAACCUUUUUUCUCCUUUAUUUGCCACAGAUAUUCCCUCCUGUCCUUGAAGAAAACUUCAACUCUACCAGCACAGAAAGAAGCACAACAGUGCCAUGGACAUCUCCCAUUACCUUUGAAGAAAAUUUCAAAUACUUCACCACUGAAGCCAGCAGAACUGUUCCACAGACUUCACAUGUCACCUCUGAAAGGAACUCCAGACAUCUCACCACAGAGAACAGCAGAGCAGUCUGCCCCAUUCGGUGGGAUCUUUAUAAGGGGAGAUGCUAUUUCUUCUCUACCAAUGAAAGAAACUGGGAGGAUAGUCGGAACCAAUGCACGAAUGAAGGGGCCACACUGGCAGUUAUCAACAACAAAGAGGAGCAGAAGUUUCUCCAGGAGAGAGCUGGCACGGAGAUAUAUUUCAUGGGCCUUCGAUACCAGAUUUCACUAGGAAGUUGGCAGUGGAUUGAUGGCUCAGAAUUUAUGAUCAAGUCACAAGAACUACAGAAAUCCAAUUAUUCUGCAGAGGCCAGAGGUGGAAGAAAAAUCUUUGCCACAACAGUUCUGAGAUGUGGCCUGUUAGAAAGAAAAAUUUCAUUUAGAGUGAUAUGAGAUUUAAUAUGAAUACUAUCUCCCUUUAUGCUUGAAAUAUUUAUUUAAACACAUAGGUAGAUAAUUAUUCUAAAUAGAACCAGCUAUGAACACACACACACACACACACACACACACACACACACACACCCCUCCACACACUGACUUAUUGGGUAUAAGGGAGACAAUCAGGGUUAAGUGACUUACCCAGGAUCACACCUGGACCUAAGGGUUCCUCCUGAUUCCAUGCUGGGGUUCUAUCUACUGAGCCAUCUAGCUACCCUUACAUGAUUGUUAAUAUUUUUUAACCAUUAAUUUCCUUGGACCAAACCUAGAAAAGGAAGUUAGGAAAACAGGAUGCAAGUGGCCAUAAUAGGUUUGUGCCAUACCAAAGUGUCCCAACAUCCUCACUAACCAUUGUGUGCAAUAGAAAAGUAAAGCUAAGAAUUGAAAGGGACCUUAGAUAACUGAAACCACUUCUAUAAAUGUGCUCAGAAAUCACAAAACACUAGAGACCAAGGCCUGAUUUAUUGUCUAAUUGAUUAUCUUCACUUAAGUAAUGGAGAAAAUGUUCAUAGAGCUACAUUACAUUUAAAAGUGUGUCAUCUUUCAGAGAGCCAUUAAAUAUUCACCAACAAAUUCUUGUGUAGAUCAUGUGAGAUAGUCACCUGAACAACUUUGUUUUACAUUAUUAUAUAUUUGUACUGACUAGAAAUAUCAACUUAUAGCUUUCAUUUGUAGACCAUAAUGUUUCCUCCUAAAAUAAUAUGAAACUUGAUGUAGUUCAGUAAUGUCUAACUCUUUCUUCAUGACCCAUCUUCGAGGGCUUCCUUGGCAAUGACACUGGAGAGCUUUCCUUAUCCAGUUCAUUUUACAAAUGAGGAAACUAAGGGGAAAAGGGUGAAGUGACUUACCUAGAAUCCCUUAAUAAGUGUCUGAGGCUAAUGAAGAUAUUUUCUUGAUACCAAGCCCAGGGCUCUAUCCAUUGUCCCCUCAGCUACUCCCAGUAUGGGACUGGUAUAUUCUUUUUACAUUAUAAUCCCUCAAAUAUUUAUAAGUAGAUUUCAAGUCUUCUUUUAGUCUUAUUUCUUUCUACUUUUAUUUGUAAGACUAAAAGGCUUUGUGUUAUUUGCUCCUCUAAACAGGUUUUUGAAGCUGUGAUCCUGAUUUAUACCCAUGUUGUUGAUGUUGUUCCAUCAUUUCAGUCAUGUUCAAUUUCUCAUGACCCUAUUUAGGAUUUUGUUGGCA